AUGCGGACCACAAUGAUGGUAUUUAUUGGAGUGAAGCUAGAAGCUGUUUUUGGACGUACCGCUGUGAGUCCGAAUUCUCUCGCUGUCCAUGAGCAAACUGGUCGUAUAGCAUAUGUUGCCGGAGCCUCUGUGGUGCUAACAUGCCUAGACGGUACACAGGCAUUCGGAGAAGGCCACCUAGUUGGAGCUGCUCGUCAUCCGUUCACGUGCCUUGCGUUCAGCUCAUGUGGACGAUACAUGGCUACAGGAGAGUCUGGUCAUCAACCUCAUGUUCGGCUUUGGGAGAUCUACGAUGACGUGGGAAAUUUUACGGGACAAUCGAUCCGGAGCUUUCCGUUCCAUUCUAAUUCAGUUGUUGCCGUAGUUAACGCUAUUGCCAUCUCUCCGGAUAAUACGAUAUGUGUUACAGUCGGCUCAAAACACGUAAAAUAUUGGCAUCUUCCAGCUGCAGACUCUCAAGGAGCUGGUAUGCAGUCGCGCUCUGCAAUUCUUGCUGAUCGUCGUAGUUCCGUAUUUGUUGAUGUCGUUUUCCUGGAUAAUAAUAAAGUCCUGGCCGUCACGGAAGAUGGUGCAUUGGUGGAAUUUCUAAACAAGAAGUAUGUGAAAACGUAUCGUUACGAUGACCAUAGUAUUCCCCUUUGCGUGUCAGUCACAAAAGAAGACGUUGUGCUUGGUUUUACAAAUGGCGUAAUUCGUCUUUACGAUAAAGAUGACCUAACAUUGCGUGGUCGACUGCCACAUCCCGCGUUCAUUGGAAUGGAUCCGGCAUCUGCCAGUAGCGUGGAGGCGCUCGAAAUUCAACCGCAGCAAGCACGCUAUCCUGAUGUCCGCGCGUUGUGUUGCACGUCCUCUAUGAGGGAGUCAUUCAUAGCAGCAUACUCGGAUCGAUCAAUAUUCGUCUUCGAACGUGGUAAAGGAUCCGAUCCGUGGCGAAAACUGUCUAGUUCCAUGGCACAUGUCGGGCCGGUUACGGUAGUCAAGCGCUAUCCAUCCCACUUUAUCUAUCUUCCGAGCGGAUCAUUUAUUACGGCUGGUGCAGAUGGUACUGUACGAAUAUGGAAUAUGAGCAGGAAAUGUGAUCGGGUUUGUUCGAUACCAAGUUCAAAUCUGUUGUCAUCUACGCUCAAGAAGAUAAUUUAUGUAGAAGAGAACUUUUCGGCGCUAGUUGAACCACGGGGAGGUAUGCCUUAUCUGUUUGCUUCUGGUGGACGCGAUCGCCUGGUGCAUCUUUUCCGUCCCGGCAAGACGAGCUACGAGCACUGCAAUGUUAUAGAUGAUCACCAAAGCGCGUUGAAUGCAGUUCGCUUUGUACAGAAAAGCGAUGAACUGUACUUAUUCACAUGCGGUUCCGACAAGACAAUCAUUAUUUGGCGAUUGGUGCUGUUCACUCAUAAUGCUGUGCAGUUCAAUCGUGAAAAUCAGAUCUCAUCCCAAAUGGGAAUUAACGAUUUGUUGAUACCAAUAAGUGGAAAUAUUCUCCUGACAUCAUGCCAGGAUAGACAGUUACGAGCGUAUAGUCUUUCUGGAAAGCUACUAACGACGUUUUGCCUUGAUCCAUCAGGGAUCUAUGCGGCUAGUGUAUGUUCGGAUCGUCAUGUUUACAUGGUAGAAGUUCGUUCUGGGAAGUGCUUAGCGGCUUUGACGGGUAUCGGAGAAUCGGCUACUGACGUUGAAUUUUCCGAGGAUUGCAGGUCAGCAGUGUCCGAUUUCGUUCUUGACGUUUGA